CGGAGCUGCGUUCGCCGCAGCACAGACCCAGGGGGCAUCGCGAGGGCGGAGCUGCAUUCUCCUCUGCACAGACUCCGGGGUACUGCGAAGGCGGAGCAGUGUUCUUCUCAGCACAGACCUGGGCGUGCGGGCCAGGGGCACCGCGAGGGCAGAGCUGCGUUCUGCUCAGCACAGACCUGGGGGACACCGCAAAGGCGGAGCACCAUUCUCCUCAGCACAGACGUUGGGGGCCCUACCUCGCUUUCGGACAACUCGGGGCAGCAUCGACGUAUUAUUGGGAGUCAUAUCAUCCUGUGGCCCUGAGGAGAGAAGGCAUUUCUCUUUCUGUCUACUAUCUCUGAAGAGGAGGAGGAAGUAAAAGUUGAAAACCAAGAAGAUUGAAGUCAGUGGCAAGACCAGCCACUGCCACUGAUGAGGCGGCCUGAGGUGAAAAUAUGAACCCCCCCUCCCCUACUCUAAGCACAUGUGCUCUGAAUCCAUCGGGAGCCUUUCAGGUGGAAACUCUUAGAGUUGUAAGCCCUGAGAAAACGCCUAGGAAGUCUGUCUUCCUUCGGGGCGCUCGGCUCUUAAGACGCGAGUCUUCUGACGCCCCUGGCCGAUUAAAAGCAACCUCUUCCUUCUUGAAUCCGGUGUCUGAGGGGUUUGUGUCCGCGACGAGUCCUGCUCCAGUUUUUGGUUCACAUGACCAGGAAUCGAACCUGGGCCGCGGCGGUGAGAGCGCCGACUCCUAACCACCAGACCACCUGGGAACUUCAAACUUCAUGGGAAAUAGAUUGCCCAACAUUAGAAGUGGGUUGGCCGUCACAAGUAAGCCUGGACAGGUCCCUUGUUUCUCAAGUGUGGCACAAGGUAACUGGGAAAGGAUACCUAGACCGCUUCCCAUACAUAGACACUUGGUGACAGCUGGUGCUAGACCCCCCACAGUGGCUAAGAGGGCAGGCAGCAGCAAUACUAGUAGCCAAGGGACAGACAGCUAAGGAAGGAUCCCGCUCCACCUGCCCAGGGAAAUCAACUCCUCAAGUUCUGUUCGACCCAACGUCAGAAGAUCUAUUGCAGGAGAUGGCACCAGUGAUCCCAGUGGUGCCCUCCCCUUACCAGGGAAAGAGGCUCCCCACUCUUGAGCCCUCAGUGCUUGUGCCUCCGCAAGACAAGCAUAUCCCUAGGCCACCCAGAGGAGACAAGAGAGGAGGCAAAAGGUGUCCAAACCAUGCAGACCCACAGAAUCUAACCGAUGUCUCUAGAUUCCUCCUCCUAGAACUCUCAGGGGAUCCAGAACUGCAGCCGAUCCUCGCCGGGCUGUUCCUGUCCAUGUGCCAGGUCACGGUCCUGGGGAACCUGCUCAUCAUCCUGGCCAUCAGCCCUGACUCCCACCUCCACACCCCCAUGUACUUCUUCCUCUCCAACCUGUCCUCGCCUGACAUGGGUUUCACCUCCACCACGGUCCGCGAGAUGAUUGUGGACAUCCAAUCUCACAGCAGAGUCAUCUCCUAGGCAGGCCGCCUGACUCAGAUGUCUCUGUUUGCCAUUUUUCGAGGCAUGGAAGAGAGACACGCUCCUGAGUGUGAUGGCCUAUGACCGGUUUGUAGCCAUCUGUCACCCUCUGUAUCAUUCGGCCAUCAUGAACCCGUGUUUCUGUGGCUUCCUACUUUGGUUGUCUUUUUUUUUUUUUUCCUUCUCAGUCUUUUAGACUCCCAGCUGCACAACUUGAUUGCCUUGCUAACGACCUGCUUCAAGGGUGCGGAAAUUCCUAAUAUCUUCUGUGACCCUUCUCAACUCCCCCAUCUUGCAUGUUGUGACACCUUCACCAAUAACAUAAUCAUGUAUUUUCCUGCUGCCGUAUUUGGGUUCCUUCCCACCUCGGGGACCCUUUCCUCUUACUAUAAAAUGGUUUCCUCCAUUCUGAGGCUUUCGUCGUCAGGUGGGAAGUGUAAAGCCUUCUCCACCUGUGGGUCUCACCUGUCAGUUGUUUUCUGAGUUUAUGGAAGAGGCGUUGGAGGGUACCUCAGUUCAGAUGUGUCCUCUUCCCCCAGAAAGGUUGCAGUGGCCUCAGUGAUGUACACGGUGGUCACCCCCAUGCUGAACCCCUUCGUCGACAGCCUGAGAAACAGGGAUAUUAAAGGUGUCCUGCAGCGGCCACACGGCAGCACGGUCCAAUCUCCAUAUCUUUUUUAUCUGUUCCAUUCCUUUUGUAGUGUGGGAUAAAAAAGCAGUCAGGUCAAAUAAGAAAGAUAACACAGGGUGAAAACCCACUGUGACAUUAGGAGUAAUACCUCCUUAGGAUAUAAAGAACACUGUCACAGAGUAUACACAUGAGGGGUACACCCACUGUGAUAUUAGAAGCAAUAUCUCCCUAUAAUAUGAAGAAAAAUAUCACAGGGUGAUUUUAUUCCCAAUGUUGGUAAUAAAACAAUGAUAAAUAUUAAGAUUAAUAACUAAUAUUAAAAAUGACAUUAAUAGUAAUAAUUCUAAUCAUGCA